GUGGCAGUAAUGGACCUAUGUGCUGCUUUCCAACCGGACAAAAAUAAAUUCUAUAGUAGAAGAAGAAAGGGAAGGAAGAGUCGCUCACAGGUCUCACACAGAUUCAGACUGAACAUCUGAUCCAUUAUCUGCGGGUAUUGAGAUCCUUGCCAUGGUGGCUAAAGUUGGAGGAGAUGAGCUACAGAAAGAAGGAGCAAGGAAGAGAAGGCACCCCGCUGAAGAUGGAGGAAAAGAAGACUGGAAGAAGAAGAGAGGUGAACAAGAAAAAGGACGAGCAAUGGCUCAGGGAGAUGGUGGCAGAAAGCGACUGGAUGCUCUGAGUGUUGGCUACUUCCGCCGCGUCGGGGAAAGACUGAGUGAAGGCUUUGAAGAAGAUGAGGAGAGAGAGAUGUUUGUGGAGAACGUCCUCGCUGAGGUGAAAGAUAAAGCCAGCCUGGUAGCGACAGACCGGACAGGGAGCAUCACUCUGCAGCGGCUGCUUCCUCUGGCGAGCCCAGAGCAAGUUGGGGAGGUGCUGGCUGAACUGGGUGGAGAACAGGGGGCAAGAUUUAAAGAGGUUUCUUGCGACCGGUGUGGAGGUCAUGUUGUGGAGAGCGUGCUCAGACAAAUGUCCAGGUGGGAGGAGUUCUCACCGAAGGAUCCAUCCUCUGAAGAAGAUGAUGAGGUGGAAAGCACUGGGACGUUGGAGACCCAGCUGUUGUCCUUAAGUCAGGUGGUGAGAAACAACAGCGCAGAGUUCAUCAGACACGUUCACGGCUCGCAUGUGGUCCGCACACUUUUACAUGUGCUGGGGGGCUGCCUUGGACCUCCCCGCACAGAGGCCCGUCCAGGUUCAAAAGAGCACAGAGUGACCCCUGCGCUGACAGACUUUGAGAUUCCCACCUCAUUCUGGUACGAGCUGAAGAGCCUCACCGAGACCUUGAUGGAAAAUAUUAAUCUGAGUGUUACAGAUGGUGCUGCCAGCGCAGUUUUUCAGACCAUGCUGACUGUGUGUCACAGAAAACGGCCGAAACUCUGCAAGCAGCUCUUGAAACGCACCAUGGAGUACCUGACCAGCCGCAGCUCUGCCCCUGGAAUCAGUCCACUGCUUGUCUUCCUGAAGGACCAGACCACCAGUCGCCUCAUAGACACAAUCAUUCAGCUAGGCCAUAAAUCUCUUCUCCGUGACCUUUACAAGAACCACCUGAAGGGCAAUUUGGUUGACCUUGCCCUCCACCCCAUUGCCAACUUCCCCAUCCAGAGGCUGACAGCAGCCUCGGCCAAGUACAAACUGUUCCUGAGGUUGUUUGACGAGCUGGUCGAGGGUGUGGAGUCUGUCUUGGCCGCUGGUCACAUGGGUGUGAUCGUCCAGUUAGCAGAAAGCUGCGCAGAAAGUGGAGAGAAGCAGGACAAGAUGAUGCGAUGCCUUCUGAAUUCUUUCCAUUGCGCUGAGCCUGGCUCCCGACACGUCUGCUGCCUGCCGCUCUUCAUGUCUUUGCUCACCUAUGAGGUGUAUUACCAGUCUGAUGCAACAGAGGGCAGCACACAGAAAGAGGUUCCGCUGACCUCCAUCUGUUACCACGGUUCCCGACUGGUCCAAGCGCUGGCCAAGUUUAAGGAGCGCUCUCACCUCCUCAGCAGCCUGCGCACUCUGAGCCCCGCAGACCUCCUCACUAUGGCCUCCGACCCCUCCGGCAGCCACGUCUUGCAGGCUCUCAUCACCACAUCCGGUGACAAAGGCAGGGGCAAGAUCCUCAAGAGGCUGGAGGGCCAGUAUGUGCAAAUGGCUUGCUCCAAGUUGGGCAGUCGAGUACUUGAAGCCGUGUGGAACAGUGCUUCAGUCAGCCAGAGGCAAAGCAUCGCACAGGAGCUCGUUUCCAGUGAAAGUAAGCUGAGGUCAGAUCAGUUUGCUCGACACGUUUGGGCAAAGUUUGCCCUCUCCCACUUUGUACACAGGAGAGCCCACUGGCAGGAAAUCCAGACAGGAGAGUGCAAGAAACGGAAGCUUUUCAGUGACCUUCUUGAAUAAAUAACUUUAGAUUAUUGAAAUUGCUUUGUGGUUUGUUUUCUUUUUUUUGCUUGAUUAAUAAAAAUGUGUUACUUUG